GUGAUCCUGGCAGCGCUGUGGUUGGCAGCCCGCAAAUUACACCCCCCAAAAAAGGACCGUGCCAUGCUGCAGGGGCAGCGAGUCCUAGCACAGCUGCCUGCUCGCCUGAAGAGACACGUUACCAGACCGAGCUGCCCCACUGGCACAAACUGGAUCGAGAGUGCUCACCAGUGCUGUGCCCAGUGUCCUGCAGGGAUGUUCCUGCACAAGCCCUGCACAAGCCAUGGCAACGACACCGGCUGCAGGGCCUGUCCUGCUGGCACCUUCCGCACCCAGCCCAACACCCUGACCAAGUGCCAGGCUUGCUACGAGUGUGACCAUCAAGCUUUCCAGAGGGUGCUGAGCAACUGCUCGGCCACCAGCAACGUCGCCUGCGGCUGCGAGCCCGGCCACUUCCGCAUCUGCCUCGACGAGCGCUGCAGCGAGUUCUUGUGCCGCAAGUGCCAUCCCUGCACCGGGCGCCUCAUCCAGCGGCCCUUCUACGCCGAGGGGAGCGAGUGCCAUCCCUGUCACGCGAGCACCCAGGAGACAUGUGGCAAAGAGUGCCAGCGAGUGUGUGGUGGCAGCGGUGGCCAAGGCUCGGGGCUGGAGUACAUCCUACUGGGACUCACUGGGCCCCUCUUCCUGGGUGCCCUCGCCAUCUACCACAAGAGGAAGAGGCUCCGGCAUGAUACCUUGGCAGGUGGCCCCAUCCAACCGGUGCGGGCGGCCACCCCCACAGCCAGGGCUGCGGCCACGCCGUGGUGCCAGUUCAAUGUCCAGGGCUGGGACAGCCUGUGCUGGAUCCAGCCGCGCUCCCCACAGGGGCGGGAGCAUGCCACUGGCACAGCAAGGCAGAGCCCCAAGCACCAGGCAUUGCUAUGUGAGCAGCCUGGUGACAAGGCGGACCUCUCUGCCCCCCCGGAACCCCGAGGUGCCCUGCUGCAAGGCAGCCAGCUCUACGCCGUCAUCGAUGCGGUGCCAGUGCGGCGCUGGAAGGAGUUCAUGCGGAUGCUGGAGCUGCGGGAGGCAGAGAUCGCGCUGGAGGAGCUGGAGGUGGCCCACAUCCGCGACCAGCAGUACGAGAUGCUGAAGCGCUGGUGCCAGCAGACCAGUGCCACGCUCGACCGUGUCUUCGCUGCCCUGGAGCGCAUGGAGCUUGCUGGCUGCGCAGAGGCACUGCGCCAGAGCCUGCUGGCGGGGCCCUGA